AUGAUUCCGCAUCGACCUGAGAAGAGGUCCGUUUCCGAGUCACGCUUACCACGUGCACCACUCACCUCCACCUCGACAUCCAUGUUCCCCAAUGGCCUCUGGCUCAUGCUCAAUGCACUACUAGGCUCCUCUAUACAUGAUAAUGACAUAGUAUCACGUUCUGCCCCACCUCUCCGCUUCACCCUACGCCACGCCCAUGCCCUCGCCAACGGAUCGCGCAGUCUCUUCACAGACAUUGCACCAUCCUCGUCUUUCAGAGAACCAAGUUUUUCCAUUCCGACGGUGCAACUCGACACACACCAGGCACCCUCACUCUCCGCGCUUGAUGACGCAAGACUCCACUCGAUGCGGCAUGGCCAGACACCAUUGAGCUUUGGCUGGAGACGCAAGAAAGUCGCUGGGCCAGACGUAUCGAAGCGUCAGACACUACUGCAGCUUGCGGAGAUGACGUCUAACUCCUACUAUGGAGAUCCGGGCCAUAAGUCGUGGUACCCGCUGGAUGGCUGGAAUACGAGCGUGCCGUUUGGAUGGGAACCGGACGCCGAUGGCUUUCGGGGCCACGUCUUCGUCAGCGAUGAUAAUAGCACCGUUGUCAUCUCUGUCAAAGGCACUUCGGCGCCUUGGCUUGCGGGUGGGGAGGGACCGACGAAGAAGAAAGACAAGCUGAACGAUAACCUUUUGUUCUCGUGUUGCUGUGCACGGGUGGGUCCAACAUGGUCAACGGUCUGCGGGUGUUAUGCUGGCGGAGACAAGUGCGAUCAGGAUUGUGUGGAGGAGGCGUUGGUGGAAGACAGUCUGUUUUAUCAUGUUGGAAUUAAUCUUUACAGCAAUGUUGUCUACAUGUAUCCCAAUGCCAACAUCUGGCUCACAGGCCAUAGUCUUGGAGGAUCUCUUGCAGCCCUUCUUGGAGCGACAUUCGGUGUUCCUGUUGUUGCAUUUGAGACUCCAGGCGAGAAGAUGGCGGCGACACGUUUGCAUCUGCCUUCUCCACCCUCCACACACCACAUAACCCACGUCUAUCAUACUGGCGAUCCGAUCCCGAUGGGCACAUGCACUGGCGUUACCUCCACCUGCGCGCUCGGUGGCUACGCUCUCGAGUCCAAAUGUCAUCUUGGUCAACGCGUUCUCUACGACACUGUCACGAAACGGGGCUGGAGCGUGGAUUCGCGGCAGCAUGGAAUCCAAUUCAUCAUCGACAAAGUGUUGAACGAAGACUGGGAGCUGGGUGAGAUAGGGCCAGACGGGGUCAGACGUGGAGGACGAGAGGUGCCGGAGGUAGAUGUGCAGGAAGAUUGUGUGGAUUGCUAUAAUUGGCAGUUUGGGAGCUUCAAGUAG